AUGCCAGAACAAGUAAACGUCCUCUUUGUGUGUCUCGGCAAUAUUUGCCGCUCACCCAUGGCUGAGGGCAUCUUCCAGAGCCUUGCCAAGCAGCCGAAUCUCAAAGAUAAGAUUGGGCGUAUCGACUCUUGCGGUACAGCUGCCUAUCACAGCGGAGAACCCCCGGAUGACAGAACCAUGGCUACCCUCGAAGCCAAUGGUAUAAAUGAUUACGACCAUCUCGCGCGGCGCUUCCACCCGAGCGAUUUCAACACCUUUGACUACAUCUUCGCCAUGGACAGAUCAAACCUCUCUGAUCUUCACAGACUACAGAAAAACGCCCCAGACUCCAAAGCUAAGGUUAUGCUGUUCGGCGAAUUCAGCGGGACAAAGCGACCCGAGAUCGUCAACGAUCCUUACUACGGCGGAGACGACGGUUUCGCAAAGGCGUAUGAGCAGUGCACGCGGUUCUCUAAGAACUUUCUGAAGGAGACUUUCGGAGAAGAGUAA